AUGGCGGCUGUUGAGAAUGGGUCUACCAAUGGGGUAGCAAAUGGGCAUAAUUCUGAGUCUGCUGGGCACAGAGUGAUGAGCAAACGAUUCUCGGACAUCCCCUCGGCAAUCGAUAUUCCCGUUCAAGGAGAAGAUGAUGACCAGGCCGUUGAGAUAGACCUCGAGGAUCUUCUGGACGACCCGACGGAACUGUGCACUCUGCUAGAAAAUGAAGGCGCGGCGCGCACCUACUGGAUGACGGUCUCCCUAGCAUAUGCGAAGCAGAAGAAGGUCGACCACGCAAUCGAAAUGCUGCUCAAGGGUGGACAAGCUAUGAAGGGCGGGCCGAAGGAGAAGCUCAGUAUGCUUACCUGCCUGUGCUGGAUGUACUUGUGGAAGAGCAGGGAGGCUCCUCGGGUUGCGCCGGAAGGUUCAUUAAGUUCGGAGGCAAAGACGAAGGAAUACUAUCUGAACCUUUCGACACAGACUCUAAACGAGGCACUACGUAUCAAUCCCGGAUUUCCUCCCCUCUUUCUGGCACGCGGUGUUCUACAACUACUGAAGGCUUCCCUACAGCCACCUUCGAAAUCCUCGGCACCUGGUGCCCUGGACCCAGAGAAGGCAGACAUUCUGCGCGCGUCGGCCAAGUCUUUUGAAGAUGCAAUUCGCGCCUCUCAAGGAAGGAAUAUGAUGGCAGUAUUGGGGAAAUCUAGGGCACUCUUCUCGCUCGGGAAAUACGCGGAAUCUUUGGAAGGUUAUCAAGAUGCCCUAUACAAAAUGCCGGAUUUGGUAGACCCCGAUCCACGAAUUGGAAUUGGCUGCUGUUUCUGGAUGCUUGGAUACAAGCAAGAUGCGAAAGUAGCUUGGGAGCGAGCUUUAGAGAUCAACCCAGAUUCCAAGAUUGCGAACAUUCUUCUCGGCCUUUUCUACCUCGAUGCUAGCGCCCACGUUCCUACGAAUGGGCCAGAGUUCAUGCAAUUGUACAAGAAGGCCAUGACGGAAUACACACAGAAGGCUUUCAAAGCUGACAAGAAUCUUCCAUUGACUUGUGCUACGUUUGCUGGGUACUUUUUGUCGAGGAAGUCCCUACCGAGUGUUGAGACGUUGUCCCACAAGGCCAUUCAAUACACGGACGUCAAUGCUAUUGCAAGCGAUGGAUGGUAUCUUCUGGCCCGAAAGGAACACUACGAAGAGGACUACGAUAAAGCUGCAGACUACUACAGACGGGCGGAUGAAGCAAGAGGUGGAGCCGAUCGUGGCUACCUCCCCGCUAAGUUCGGCGCCGCUCAGCUUUCAGUACUGAAGGGUGACUUCGGAGAGGCAAAACUGAGACUGGAGAAGAUGAUACAGCAAUCCAAGAAUGCGGAGGCCAUGAUUCUUCUUGGCACCCUUUACGCUGAAGAGGUAUUUCAAAAUCCCACAAAUGGGCCCAAGGAGGAGAAGUCACUCGAGUGGAAGAAGGCCGUCGGAUACCUUGAGAGCGUCCGAACGGCGUGGAAGGACUCCAAGAAGAAUCUGAUGCCCGAUGCCUCCGUUCUUCUGAAUCUAGCGCGUCUCUACGAAGGCGACCAACCAGACAAGAGUUUGCACUGCUUACAGCAAGUGGAGCAACUGGAAUUUGACCAGAUCCCCCAGAGCGAGAGACCGACAGACAAUGGCGACGAAGCUGCGUUCAAGAACAGCAUGCGGGAAGGUCUUCCGCCUCAGCUACUCAACAACAUCGGAUGCUUCUACUACCAGGGCGAGAAGUUUGAAAUGGCACGAGAAAUGUUCCAGGUGGCGCUGAGCGCUUGUGUUAAGGCUGGGGAGAAGCAAGAGGAAAUUGAUACCGAUGCUCUCGUCACCACUAUCAGCUACAACCUCGGACGGACCUACGAGGCUAGUGGACUUCUUGGUGAAGCAAACACCGUCUACGAAGGCCUUCUCGAACGCCAUAGCGAUUACACGGAUGCGAGGACCCGACUUGCAUACAUUGCUCUGCGUCAAAAUCCGACAGACGAGGGACCCAAAGCUAUCAGUAAGCUCUAUCAAGAUUCCUCGGCUGACCUCGAGGUGCGAGCACUCUAUGGCUGGUACCUGGGUAAGCUGCAUACUCGGAAGCGCGCCAACAUUGCCGAGGAUCCCGAGCUUCGGCAUUACAAACACACGUUACAGAACUACGAGAAGCAUGAUCGCUAUGCUUUGAUUGGUAUGGGAAAUCUCUACCUGAUCACUGCCCGCGAGAUGCGUCGCGAGACGGAUCAAGAGAAGCAAAAGCGAAGUGGAAUGUACACCAAGGCUGUCGAGUUCUUCGAGAAGGCGUUACAACUGGACCCGAAAAACGCCUACGCCGCCCAAGGUAUCGCCAUUGCUUUGGUAGAAGACAAGAAGGACUUCAAAACCGCCCUGUCCAUCUUCGUCUCGGUCAGAGAUACAGUCAAGGAUCCGAGUGUGUAUAUCAACCUUGGCCACAUCUUUGCAGAGUUGCGACAGUACUCGAAGGCUAUUGAGCACUACGAGCAGGCUUUGUUGAAGGACCGCCAAAAGGAUGCACAGAUUCUUGCUUGCUUGGGCCGAACGUGGUUAGCUAAAGGCAAGGCCGAGAAGAACGCUACGGCAUUCGCGAAGGCUUUAGAAUUUUCUCAGAAGGCUUUGGAGGUUGCACCCGACCAGAUCCACUUCAAGUUCAAUAUUGCUUUCGUGCAAAUUCAACUUGCUACGAACGUUUACAAUCUGGCCGAGUCGCAGAGAUCGUUAGCCGAGCUUCAAGCUGCGGCUACAGGGCUCGAGGAGGCUAUCGAGUCUCUAGAAAUUAUUGCCCGAGACCCUCAAACACCUUACCCUAAGCACGAGGUCGAGCAGCGGGCCAACAUGGCACGAAACACCAUGCGAAAGCAACUGGAACGCUCGAUCCAAGCCCAGAAGGAGUACGAGGAGAAGCACGCUGAGAGAAUACUAGCUGCGAAGCGAGCUAGAGAGUUGGAGCAGAAGAAACGCGAAGAUGUGCGAAUUGCUGCCGAAGAGGCUGAGCGUGCGAGGAAAUCCAAGAUUGCUGAAGAGCGGCAGAAGAUUGCGGAGCGGGACCGUGAGCUUGCUGAGGCUCGAAACGAGGAGCAACGUGCUCGUGAAGCUGCCGAGAUGACCACAGACAGCGAGACGGGCGACAAAGUGAAACGCAAAAAGAAGCCGAGUCGCGCCGCAGGUGGCAAGCGCAAGAAGAAGACCGAAGACGGCAUCACGGAAGACGACGAGAGUGGGGUCGAGCCUCGGAGGAAAAGCCGCAAAGCAAGCGGCGCUGACACUGAUGAAGAGAAGCCCAAGAACAAGAAGCGGAGGUUGGCGAAGAAGCCUGCCCUGGAGAAACCCAGCAAGUUCAAGAGCAGCGAGAUUGUGGUGGAGAGCGACAGCGAGGGGGACGACGGAGCGGCUGAGGCGGCAAAGGCUAUGGAGAGCGAUACAUUUGGCGAGGAGCAGAAUAUGGAUGUUGAUGCUCCCAGCGACGAGGAGACGGUAGCUGCGCCUGCCUCGAAACGCAAGAAUCGGCGGGCUAUGAUUGACUCUGAUGAUUCGGAUGAGGAGGGGAAGGACGCUGAAGAUGCUCCCGCGCCGGCGAAGGACGAUUCUUCGGCGACUGCGAAUGGUGACGCUAAUGAUACCCCCAUGGCGGAUUCGGAUGACGAAUAG